UGAGCUUUGUGAGCCCCAGCCACUAUUCGAUGAAGAGACACGGCAUAAUUCAUGCACCAAGUUGCUAAGUUCUCAGCUGAGCCCCCUGCGUUCCUCAGUAAAGUGUAAAUAUUGUGUGCAGUGGGGUGAUUACAUCUUUGCUUUUGCCUAUCCUCUUCUCAGUCUCCAUGUGUCCAAAGGAAGAGUUGUCUCCCCUCCAAGAUCCACAGAGGAUGGGGUGCAGGCUUUGGGAUGGGACACCCGGACCCAGAUUCCUCUCCAUGAGGACUGCCCCUGCAGGUUGCUGUGGACAUCCUUUCACCAAAACACUGCUGCAUUAAUCUUCCUAAGCUCACAUCCCAAGGAGUCAUAUCAGUACUAGCAUUCACGCAUACUGCUAGGCACAGUCAGAAAGAGAAUAGGGAGGGGGAGGGCAGGGAAAAAAAUUAAAGAGGGAGGAAUGAGUCACCAGUCCAGACAAAUUGCCUCCAAGACACUAAAAUUAAGCUGAAGAGAGUGGUCCCAGAGGUACUAUGGAUCUGGCAGCUGUGAGCACCUGCCUUCCUGAUGCAUUGCAGGGACUUGAGAGUAAGUGUUACAGGGUGGCUGCCACUGCCACUGCUUGCAGGAGGGAGGAGGGCUCAGGGUGCAAUGAUUGGCACUGCAAAAUCCUGCAGUCCUAGGAGGGCACAGAGAAACUAUGGAGUUGGGCCAGGUUAUCAUUCCUGGAUGCAGCAACACUUCUGAGCUUCAAAGGCUGCUUCCUGCACUGAGGAGAUGCAUGGGUAGUGCCAGCUACAACCACCACAGUGAAGCCCCCGAGGUACCCUGCUGCCAGGGAAAUUUCUGCAAUUUCAAUUCAUGGUUGGAUCUAAAUAAGGCAGUUAACUCAGUGAUGUGACACAUUGCCUACUGAUAAAGUCCAGAGCAACCCUGGAGGGCAUCCUGUGGCAGUAAGUCCCACAAAUAUCUGCAUUGCACAUGGGCUGCUGGAUGGAUUGCUCAGGGCCCAUCCAAAGGUAAUGUAAAUUAUGUCAGCGUAAGUCCAGAUGCACAAAAAUUAAGUCUCUGGUAGGGGCAUAUACCUGUGGAAGGGCAAGGGACACAAAGCCCUUGAGAAUGGGAUCUAAUCUCCUUUAAAAAUUCUAAGCAUUGCUCAAACCAAUGUAUUCCCAGUGGUUUAUUACUUCCUCUCUAGUUUUCAAGCCUUGGCUUUUACCUUCUCAAUCUGCCUUGUCCCCACAAACAGCAAUACUGACCAUGUGCAUGAAACAAAAUUUAUGUAUCUUCCUACCUGUGGAGGUGCACAGGCUGAGCUCUCAUCCCAACAAAAUUUAAGCAGUUUGCACAACCCUGUUAGAGCUGAGAAUGGGGCAGGACUUGGAGCACUGGGGAAGCGAUCUGGAGAUCUGGAAUUUGUGAUCCUGUGACUGUGCUUACGCUAGCAAGUCCUGCAAGGGUUAGCAGGCCUUCGUAGAGCUCUGCUGUUGUUUGGCUCUGUUUCUUCUAAGACAGGAACUGAGGGGCUCCUGCAUGGUGCUACAGAUACCUGCUCUGCCAUGGCAAAGAAAACCUCUGGGUGCUACCCAUGCCAUUUUUUCCACAAUGAGGCAUCAUAUCUCUUGUGUGUCUCCAGAUAGCAUUGUGGUGAAGUUCCGGCCUAAGGCAGCCUGCCAGCUUUGAAGUCCUGUACUGCCUUCAUCAGCUCACCUAUGAUCAACACUGGCUGAACAUAAAGUUGCUCAAAUAGAUUUGGAAUGCCAGAUUAAACCCUGGCUAUGUUCUGCUCGCAGAGAUACUGCCUUCUUCUGUUAAGGCUGGAAUUGGCCCUAGGGGCCUCAAAUGCUUGCAACAGCAGUGCCAAAUGUCAAGAAGUGGGUGACUGCACAGCACAAACAGUCACUGAUGUUGGCUGCAGGGCUGGGAAGGGGGUGAGAAUGACAGGAAAGGCCUUUGUGCAGGGAAUGGAAUGGGAAAAUCCUCAUGUCCUUCCUGGGAGAACUGCUCAAACAAAGGAGAUUAAUUUCCUUCCUAGACCCAUUUCUUCUGGGUCUACAUGUUCCAGCAGAGAUGAAAUCUAGUAGGAGAGUUCAGGGCUGUUGAACUAGAGCAUUUUCCCAAUGAAAGUGCAAAAGACAAGAGAUUGUUCAUGGAGUCAGAUAAGGGAAGGAGUUGAAACAUACAGCCCCCUAUUUGGCCAUCUGCCCUCAUCUCCAUCCAUCUGGAGAUGCAUAUAGGGCAGAAUAGAAGGGACAAGAGUUUGUGUGCUUAACAUCUACCUCGAUUUCUGAGCAUCUUGCCAGCCAGAAGGUUUUGCCGUGUCCCUGCAGCUCUGAGCAACAUGAGUCCUGCUGGCACGACCCUCGGAACAGGGAGGCCGUCUCCUGGGUGCCUGCCUAGGGAAGCCGAGUCGAGUCACCCCCUCCUGCACACCACUCUCCCACCACAUAGCUGCUCUCUCUAUCCCUUUUCUUCCUCUCCCUCUCCCCUACACUGUCUUCAGCUUCUUUUACCGCACUCCUCAUUCCUUCAUCCUCCCCGUCUUCCACGCUCCUCUAUCCUUUUGCUCCUCUCCUUGCACCUCUCUCUCCUCCUUCUAUUCUCCAUCCCGGUGUCUCCUCCCGCUCCUCGUUCUCCUGCCCUGUCGUCCAUCCCCUCCUUCUCCUCCUUCUCCUGCCGGUGUUUCCGUGCGUGGCGCCCAUUGGCUGCCGGCACCCGUCCCCCCGGUGCCGCCGCUCCGCUCCCUCUGCCCGAGCCCCGCAGAUGGCGGGGGCAGCGAGGGGGACAGACCCUCCGGCGUGGGGCUGAGGGACCGCGCAGCCCUGGCCGGCCGCCCUCGGGCACGGCCGUGGGCCCCGCUCCCACGCCAGCCACGGAGUGGGCGAUGGGCAAGUGCGGGAAGAAGGACUCGCGUCUCCUGUAGAGCACGGUGGGCGCGUUGCCUCCGGGACCGCUCUGCUCUACCGCUCUUAAGAAAGGGGAAGGGGAAAAAGAUGACACGGAUUCUCCCGGUGAAGCAGAGGAAAAUGUACAUCCCGACGACAUCUUCUCACCCAGUGUCAGCAGCGACCUCAUGGUGAAUGGAGAACUUGUUUGCUCAAGGCUCUCUCACUAAGUGAGCUGAGCGCUGUUUCCAUGCCAAACCCUGACGUGAUGGGCAAUUGGGCACCUCAGAUUAGGAGGGCUGGGACGCUGCUUUGGUGUUGCAAACAGAUUGCUAACUGAUCCUGCGAGGACACUGCCCCCUGCCCUCUUCCCUGCCUCUGCUAUGAACACUUCUGCUUUCAGCCUCCCCACACCGGCAGUGUCGGAGGAGGGGAAUGCCUCUAGCAGCUGGGAAGGCUUCACCACCCCCAACAGCUCCACCACUGUCAGCCCUGGUGUAGUUGUCAGCGGUGUCCUCAUCCCUGUGGUCUACCUCAUUGUCUGUGUGGUGGGGCUGGCUGGAAAUUCUCUGGUCAUUUAUGUGGUCCUGCGGCACUCUGUGAGUGAGUCGGUGACCAACGUCUACAUCCUGAACCUGGCCCUAGCUGAUGAGCUCUUCAUGCUGGGCCUGCCAUUCCUGGCUGCGCAAAAUGCCCUCUCCUACUGGCCGUUUGGUUCUUUCAUGUGCCGCCUGGUGAUGGCCGUGGAUGCCAUCAACCAGUUCACCAGCAUCUUCUGCCUGACGGUGAUGAGUGUUGAUCGCUACUUGGCAGUGGUCCACCCAGGGAAGUCCUCCAAAUGGCGGACAGCACGAGUGGCCAAGGCUGUGAGUGCAACGGUGUGGGUGCUGUCUUCAAUAGUGGUGCUGCCCGUGGUUGUCUUCUCAGACGUCCCUUUAGGGAUGAGUACGUGCCACAUCCAGUGGCCAGAGCCAGCCUCGGUGUGGAGAGCUGGAUUCAUCAUCUACACUGCUACACUGGGCUUCUUUGGACCACUGCUGGUGAUUUGUCUCUGCUAUCUUCUGAUUGUUGUGAAGGUUCGUUCCUCUGGCAGGCGGGUCAGGGCUCUGUCCUCCAAGCACAAGCUUUCAGAGCGCAGAGUGACCCGCAUGGUGGUGACUGUUGUGGCUGUCUUCGUCCUUUGCUGGCUCCCCUUCUAUGUCCUCAACAUAAUCAAUGUUGUUUGCCCGCUGCCAGAGGAGCCGUCCCUCUUUGGUGUCUACUUCCUUGUGGUGGUGCUGCCGUAUGCCAAUAGCUGUGCCAAUCCUAUCAUCUAUGGCUUCCUCUCCUACCGCUUCAAGCAGGGCUUCCAGAGGGCCAUCUUCAGGCCAUCCCGCCGAGUCCAGAGCCAGGAGGUGCCAGCAGGCCCCCCAGAGAAGACCGAUGAUGAAGGGGAAGAGGGCGAGAUCAGCAAGAUCACCCAGAAUGGAAAUGGCAGGCAGGAGCGCCCUCUAAGCGGUGAAGAAGGAGAGAACAAUGAGCAAAAACCACUCCCUGAGCAGCCUGUGGGAUGUGAAAAGAGCAACAAGUUGCAUGUCAGUUAUUUGUGAUGAAAGGGAUGGUGUAGGGGAAAGAGACAUUGGAAUAUGAGGUCCCCUUCACCUUAUCUGCUUUUCAACCUCAAAGGCAAUGGGAGACAAAGGCAUAUUAAAGUCCAAGAGUCUGUUUAAAGAUGAAGAGGGCUCCAUGAACUUGUAGAAAAAGCAAGACAUUUUUCUUGGCUUUGGAAAAGACACCUGAGGUUUAUGUGGUACUGGGUAAAGAAUGGACUGCAUCCAGGGGGAGCUGAAGAGGUGCUGGGCACUGACAAUACAGAGAGAGCAAGAUCAGCCCUAGAUUGCAUGAUCUGUCCUUAAAUGACUCAGCUGUGGAGGGCAUCAGCUGCCAUCUGAUUGUAGCAUGUCAAGGAAGUUCCCAAAUGGCAUAUACUACACGUAGGCAUCCCAUUGCCUUGAUUAUCCUCCUUACAAACACAAGAAGUGGUUUACCCUGAAAGACAAACAGGGAGGAAAAAUGUCUGCAGCAAAGACAUACCAGCCAGUUGCAUGCAUGGCUGACCCCUCUCUAGCUCUUAAAAAUGCCGUGGGGACAGAUUUCCUGCCCAUGCUGGUCAUGGCUGGAGACUACUAAUUGCUCAAAACCUCCUCUUUCUUUUUAAGGCUCUCAUGGACUCUGGGCAGGCUGAUGGGACUUACCUGGGAGAAAAAAAUGGAACAUUUCUUUCCUGCAUCUCACAUUCUUCAGGGUUUUCCUGGUGCCUCUGCACCCCGGUGGGAGGUGUAACAAAGGCAAAGAAAAAGACAAUGCGACAUGAAUCAGAGGCAGUGUUUCUUACAAGCUGAAAUGCCCUUUCCCUUUUCCUCUCCCUAAGCCUUACUGUAAAUAAAAAAAAAAAAGCCUUUGGACAUAAAAGGCCAACAGGACAGAAACGUUCUGUGUGUUUAGGGGAGGGGGUGCUACAGAUUUGGCUCUCCUGAGAAUAUACAUUGUCUUUGGGUUGAGUUGAUCUCUGUAUGGAGUACUGUUUGGCUGAUACAAGAGAUUAAGGCAUCUAUUCAGUACAGGAUGGGGGCAGGAAGCAGAGGGAGGUCAGGGGAUCUCCAGUGUGUAAGAGCUAUGGUUGCAGAGAGUCUGGGCAAUACUAGGAACUGAUUCAUCUUGUGGGAAAUGGUAUUUAGAUUAGGAUGGUGAAGAAAUUAUGUUCAUGUGUUUGCAUGUGCACAAAGAUUGUCGUAUGCAAAAGUUUAUUCCCUGGACUGUACAUGUCUGAGAAUGGCUGCAGAGGAUGGGAGACAGAGGAGUCAGACUGGUGGGAGAUGUGUGUGGGUUGGGCACUUAUGCUAAUCUGUGUGGUGUAGGUAAAUGUGUACAGGCAUACAUAAGGGGGUAUGCAUGUGUAUAAGUGUAUACAAACACAGAUGGGGGAAUGUGUUAA